GGUUGAUUCCAUGUCAUAUUGGUCUUUUAUCGAAGACAACCACUAUUUACGUUUGACAGUGAAUGUAAAUGUCAAAUCUCAACCUCAAUUAAGAAUUUGGUUAGCAAACAAACAAAAACAAUUUAGUUAAAUUGGUUAAGUUCACAAGUGUUGUGCAAUGGCUCAUAAAUGUGAAACGUUAGAUUGUGGCAAAGAAGCUACCUUGCAAUGCCCGACUUGCUUGAAGUUGGGCAUACCAGGUUCCUAUUUUUGUUCACAGGCUUGCUUUAAAGGAUUCUGGAAGGAACAUAAAGUUAUUCAUGCUCUGGCCGGGGGUGUCGGAAAACCACAGGUGGAUAAUACUGAAGCCGGUUACAAUCCCUGGCCACAUUAUCGUUUUACUGGUAAGUUACGGCCGUAUCCGCAAACAUCUAAACGCCCUGUGCCCGAGAGUAUAGAGCGACCCGACUAUGCUGAUCAUCCAUCUGGUCGGGCUGCCUCGGAAGAGGCCAUGCGAGGAAAUACUUCCAUUAAAAUCCUAGACGAUGACGAAAUUGAAGCUAUGCGUGUUGCUGGUAGACUUGGUCGAGAAUGUUUGGAUGAGGCAGGCAAAGCUGUAGAAGUCGGAAUCACAACGGAUGAGUUAGAUAGACUCGUACACGAGGCGGCCAUUGAACGAGAUUGUUAUCCAUCGCCACUAAACUAUUACAACUUUCCUAAGUCUUGUUGUACUUCAGUUAAUGAGGUAAUAUGCCAUGGAAUACCGGAUUUGCGUCCAUUACAAGAUGGUGACAUUUGUAACAUUGAUGUUACCGUCUAUCAUCAUGGUUUUCAUGGUGAUCUUAACGAAACCUUUUUCGUUGGUAAUGUUUCUGAAAAGCACAAAAAGCUGGUUCGUGUCACUUAUGAAUCACUUUGCAAAGCCAUAGAAUUGGUGAGGCCCGGAGUGAAAUAUAGGGAAAUCGGUAACGUCAUACAAAAAUAUGUGGCCCCACAUGGUUUUAGCGUUGUGAAGAGCUACUGUGGCCAUGGCAUUCAUCGGCUUUUCCAUACUGCACCCAAUGUACCUCACUAUGCCAAAAACUCGGCUGUUGGUGUUAUGAAAGCUGGACAUUGCUUUACAAUUGAACCAAUGAUAUCAGAAGGCGUAUCGAAAAAUGAACAAUGGCCCGAUAACUGGACCGCUGUGACUGGAGAUGGCCAUUAUUCGGCACAAUUUGAGCAAACUCUGUUGGUAACAGAUAAUGGUUGUGAAAUUUUAACACGUCGUCGAGAAAAUAAUGGCCAACCCUGGUUCAUGGACAUGUUAUAGGUCCCAAGAAAACACAAAGCAUUAAUAAACGGCGACACAGAAUGCUGACAAAAAUUACACUACCAUGGAAAACACUCCUUUGAUAUUGAGUGCAAGUGUCAUGCACUAUUUUUAUGCCUUUAUCAUUCGUUAAAAGUUUAUAAUUUUGAAAUCGAGUUUUUAUAAAUUAAUAAGACAUAUAUUUAAUAAAUCGUUGCUAAAUGCUA